GAAGAGUAGCCACCGCCAACGGCCAGCCGGGGAGUCUGCGUUAUCUGCAGGAAAACAUUCGCGACGCGGAACAGUGGAAUUGCGGAACAGUUCAGUUGUACAGAGGCGGGAGGCCUACGGGGCGACGGCGACCAAGGACGCAGACUCACUGAGACUGCUCUGCAAUGGCGUUGGCCAUGCCUAUGUUCAAUCUUGCUCCAGAUAUGAGAGUGUCUAGACUCUGCUUAGGAACCAUGACAUUUGGCGAGCAGAACACCUUUUCUCAGUCUAUUCAGAUCCUAGAUAGAGCAUUGGAUGCUGGAAUUAACUUCUUCGAUUCUGCUGAAAUGUAUCCAGUGCCUCAGCGUGCAGAAACUCAGGGGAGGAGUGAGGAGUUCUUUGGCAGAUGGAUUAAGGAGAGAAAAAUCCCCCGAGACAAUGUCAUUUUUGCAACAAAGGUCAGUGGCCCUUCUGGACAGAUGUCUUGGAUCCGAAAUGGACCAGAAAGCUUGGAUGCCUGGAAUGUAACUGAGGCAAUUGACAAUAGUUUGUUGCGUGCAAAAACUGAUUACAUAGACUUGUAUCAAAUUCACUGGCCUGAUCGCUAUGUUCCAAUGUUUGGAGGAACUGAAUAUGAUCCGCUCCUAAAUUUUUCCUCAGUGAGUUUUGAGGAACAAAUAAGUGCUUUAAGCAGAGCUGUCGAUGCUGGAAAGAUCAGAUACAUUGGACUGAGUAAUGAAACACCUUAUGGCAUCAUGAAGUUCUUACAAGUUGCCGAAAGUGGAACUGGCUAUCAUCGAAUAGUUUCUGUCCAGGUGCUGUAUGGCUCAAUUAUUAACUCAUACAACUUGUUAUGUCGAAAUUUUGAUUUGGCAAUGGCCGAAUGCUGCCACAACGAGAGAGUGAGCUUAUUAGCCUACAGCCCUCUAGCAAUGGGCAUACUUUCUGGAAAGUACUUCUCACCUGAUGGGGGUCCAGAUGAUGCUCGUCUUAAUCUGUUCAGAGGGAGGUAUGUGGAAGGGGAAUCCAGAUACAACCUGUCAAACACCAGAAUUAGACAGGCUGCAAUAUCAUACUGUGAAAUUGCAGAUAAAUAUGGUAUUCAUCCAGUGUCUCUUGCAAUUGCUUUUGUUUUGAGACACCCUGUUGUGGCUAGUGCUGUGUUUGGAGCAACAAAGAUAUGGCAGCUUGAAGAGGUAGUUGCUGCAAUCACAGUUGAGCUUGGUCCUGAAAUACUUGCCGAUAUUAACAAGGUCCACUGGAGAUUCCCCAACCCCUGUCCUUGAUGUUCUAGGUUGUGACUGACAGACAGACAGACAGACAUUCUUGAAAAGGUUUGGAACUUUUCCUGUCAUCCUGCCUUCUGGGAGUACAUAAUAAUCAUGAUUGGGGUGGGGGGAAGAAAAAAGUUGCACAUUUUGGGAGGUUGUCCAUCAAAAUGUUGGGGGGGGUAAUGGUAUUUGUGAUGAACAUGAGGAUGACACUGACACAAAUGGAUGGAUGCAUAGAUAUUUUUGGUGUAGAUGAAUAGUCACGGGACAUGAGUUAGGCCUCAUAAAUAAAGCAAGAGCCCCGGAGAAGAGCUGUGCGUGUUUGACUGGUUGGUGUAUGUUGUUGUACUUAGAUCCUAUAGUCCAUUGGAAAAAAAAAAGGCAUUUUUGAGAUCCUCAUCAUAAG